AUGCGGUUUUUGUCUCUAGUCGGAGCCGCUGCGGCAACCUGGCUGGCUGGGACUAAUGCGCAAGACACCUCUGACGUGAAGAGCAUUCCCCUCCGCACGCAUUCUUUGGUACAGCCUUACCUCGACUCGGACUUGCAGAGCAGGUGGUGGGACUUUGGCGGCGACACCAUCAUCCGCGCCGACAAGCACAUUCGUCUCACCUCGGACCGUCCCUCGCAGUCUGGAUGGAUCUAUUCAAGAGUCCCUUUGACCGCCACCAACUGGGAGAUCGAACUUGAAUUCGACAUCAAUGGCCAGGGCAACCUCUUCGGUGACGGCUUUGCCAUGUGGGUGACGACGGACAGAGCACAGCAAGGUCCUGUCUUCGGCAACAAGGACAAGUUUGAGGGUCUCGGUAUCUUCUUCGACACAUACAAGAACAACAGACCUGGUGUCGUCUUCCCUUAUGUUAUGGCUAUGCUCGGCGAUGGCCACACCACCUACGACCAAGGACACGAUGGCAAGGCCAACGAGCUCGCUGGUUGCUCGGCACGCGGUCUCCGUAAUGCGAACACCCCCACCAAGGCCCGUAUUACCUACUUCCAGGAGAAGUCCCUCACCCUCGAGUUGAUGUACAAGAAGGAAGACGAGUGGACCCCCUGCUUCGAAGUUCCUGGUGUCAAGCUUCCUGGCGUCACCUACCUCGGUUUCUCUGCCGAGACUGGCGAGCUUUCCGACAACCACGACAUCAUCAAGGUCGAGACCAAGAACCUGUACAGCCCUAGUGGUGCCGCAGGUACACCCAAGGACUACAGCAAGAACGCAUACAAGCCGAAUCAGUACCGCAAGAAGGAGGGUGGUGGCUGGGGCUGGUUCUUUUUGAAGUUUGUCCUGUUCGGUCUGGCCGUAACUGGUGCAUACGUUGGAUACACUGUCUUCCGCGCAAACAGAAGACGAGACAGAUUUUGA